GCGGCUCGUCCAAUCACAAGCCUCCAGACUGUCCUCCGCAUUUUCCGAGCCUCCCGAGAGCGAACCUCUUUAUUUUAAUACUUUUGGCUUCUCUCGGCUGCCGUUUGGACCACCUCGAAGCCUCUCUGGCCGGGGAAGAAACGAGGGAGCGCGACUCGAGCGCAGGAAGAACGAAGCUGCACCGGGAAAGUGGGGAGGGGGCCCGCCGGCUCCCUUCCUCCUCAGCCGCGAUGUCCGCCCUGAGCUGGAAGCCGUUUGUCUACGGCGGGUUGGCCUCGCUCGUGGCCGAAUUCGGGACGUUUCCUGUGGAUCUCACCAAAACACGACUUCAAGUCCAAGGCCAAAGCAUUGAUGCCCGUUUCCGAGAGAUCAAAUAUCGGGGCAUGUUUCAUGCCUUGUUCCGCAUCUCCAGAGAAGAAGGCAUUCUGGCACUGUACUCUGGGAUUGCACCAGCGUUAUUAAGACAAGCAUCGUAUGGCACCAUAAAGAUUGGUAUAUACCAGAGUUUGAAACGACUUUUUGUGAACCGUUUGGAAGAUGAAACAUUAUUGAUCAAUGUCAUCUGUGGAGUGAUCUCAGGGGUGAUCUCCUCUGCUCUAGCUAAUCCAACAGAUGUACUGAAGAUUCGAAUGCAAGCUCAGGGCAGCCUGUUCCAGGGGGGGAUGAUUGGAAGCUUCAUAGACAUCUACCAGCAAGAAGGCACUCGGGGCCUCUGGAGGGGGGUGGUGCCCACUGCUCAGCGAGCUGCUAUUGUGGUGGGAGUUGAGUUACCAGUCUACGACAUCACCAAGAAGCACUUAAUACUUUCAGGACUCAUGGGGGACACAAUCCUCACUCAUUUUAUUUCUAGUUUCACCUGUGGACUCGCUGGUGCCAUUGCUUCUAAUCCAGUGGAUGUCGUUCGAACCCGCAUGAUGAAUCAACGGGCCGUAGUGGGGAGCGUGGACCUCUAUAGGGGAACACUGGAUGGCCUGAUAAAGACUUGGAAAAGUGAAGGUUUCUUUGCACUUUACAAAGGAUUCUGGCCAAAUUGGUUGAGACUUGGUCCCUGGAAUAUUAUUUUUUUUAUCACCUACGAGCAGCUGAAGAGACUCCCUUUUUAAGGUGCCCAUUUGGAUUGGUAAUCCAGCUGCCCUUCCUGCUCCCCUCCAUUCCUGCAUCAUCAUGUUUUUUUCCCCUACAUGGACGCUGUCUUACCACCCCAUGCUGAGUGCUCAGCAUUGGGAGGGUGGCUUGGGGGGAAGGGGAGGAUGGGUCCACAAAUACAGUAUUUAGAGCCUGGUGCACGUACAUUUCCCCCAAGGAGCAAGGUGGAGCAUGAAGGAAGAGCACUUGGGUCCGUGUUCGUAUCUUCCAUGAAGAGCUGUGAGUCAAAGAUCCUUUUCACUACCAUGUGGCUUUUGCAGUAGGCAAUCCCCCUUCCUUUGCCCCAUGCCGGAGGCAAGGGGGAAAUCAAGGGGGCUGCUACAGUCCUCUUUCCAUUGUCAUGUAACCCUAUUAAACUAUUUAUUGGAAUCAAA